AUGAGAGUGCUGAUGAGGAGAAGAGCAAAACGGAAUGACUUCAAAUUCCGAGUCGCGAGACGCUCAUCCCUCUCUUCCUCCACCACCAACUUCAAGCCUUUUCGCCCAUCCUACCCCAUCAACCACACCAUGUCUGGAAAGGGAAAAGCCGGAAAAUCCUCCUCGGGCAAGGCGGGCGGUGAGCCGGGAAAGUCGCAGUCCCGCUCAGCCAAAGCUGGUCUCCAGUUCCCCGUUGGUCGUGUCCAUCGUCUCCUGAAGAAGGGCAACUACGCCCAGCGUGUUGGUGCGGGUGCGCCUGUCUACCUUGCGGCCGUCCUUGAAUACUUGGCUGCUGAGAUCCUCGAGCUGGCUGGCAAUGCCGCCCGUGAUAACAAGAAGCAGCGUAUCGUCCCUCGUCACCUUCAACUGGCCAUUCGUAACGACGAGGAGUUGAACAAGCUCCUCGGUGACGUCGUCAUCAGCCAGGGUGGUGUCGUCCCGUUCAUCAACCCCGAGCUCCUUCCAUCAAAGUCGAGCAAGAGCAAGAAGGAGGGCGCCUCGCAGGAGGUGUGA